AUGGAAGCAACAACCUCUGUAUAUCAACAUGCUUCAUUUUUGUUUCCAAGUUACGAUGACUCUACACGGCUUCUUCUCCAAGAAGUCUACACAUUUUUCAGGAAUACGGGAAAACUUAGCAUUGACUUUCAGUUUUAUGUAGCUAUAUGUGGAACAUUUUUAAUCUCUUUCCACUUGUUUGUAUUAACUAGAAAAGGAAUGAUGACGUCGUCUGUGAUAUCUAUCAUGAUUGGCAUAGCGAUAUUUGAUAUGGUGGUGAUGGUUGAAACUAUUGUCACGUCGGCGAAUAGUAAUUUGUUUUUUUCAAGAGAGGGCACGGAUUGUGAACCUCCAGUGUCUUACCUAGCCCUCUACAUCGCCUGGGUCACAUUAGUAUGGUGUGAUUUGGUACGCCGGUCAUCUGUUUGGCUAGCUAUUUUACUUGCAUCAAUUCGGCUGCUAUCUUUAAAAUUUCCCUUUAGCAAUAAAUGUCGGCAGAUGGGCAAACCCAGUUUUGGAUUUAAAUCUGUCAUUGCUAGUUUUUUUAUUGAGUUGCCCGUUUUCUUCCUUCUUCUAUUUCCGGUACGAUAUUUUGCAAAUGGGUACAUGGGAGCCGAGGCCACAUUGUAAAGGAACACCUUUGAAUUCGACGUUUCCUGUGUUCGAUCAAAGAUUAUCCUCUUUGUUUACAGUUUACGAUGGAGUUUUGGGAAAAGCUUACAUGUUGGCCAGCGGGACGGUUACUAAAAUAAUUCCAUGCGUCAUGUUGCCGGUUCUCACAAUUCUUCUAAUUCUCGAGCUAAGGAAAGCAGAAAAGAAAAGAAGUGAACAAAACUUUGCAAAGAGAUCGUCAACGGAGAGAACCACAGGUUUGGUGCUUUUUAUGGCAAUUUCCUUCACAGUCCUUGAACUCCCGAUGGGAUUCGUUUAUCUUGUUCAAGUCAAGCAUACUGAUCUGGGUUUCAUCUGGUGGGGAACAUUUGUGUACCACAUCUGCAAUGCAAUUCUCACUGUGAACAUUAUAAGUCACUGUAUUAUAUGCUACAUAAUGUCAGGUCAAUAUAAAGCGACUGUACGGAGAAUUUUGAAAAUUAAGACGUCAAUUACCCAUGAGCAGCAUGAACAAACAAGGUCCUCCCAAAUGCGACAAUGAAA